AUGGAGAUUACUAGGAGAGAGGGUUCACAGGGGAAAUGGAUGGGGACAGGGGAGUGGAGAGAGAGAUGGCUGGAGCCGAGCCUGGGGAAAAGGCUGGGACCGAGCCUGGGUCGAGGCCUGCAGAGAGAGUUUGGAAGCUGGCUGUUCACCCUGCCUUUACUGCUCCUUCUCCUUCUCCCCCCGGUGUUCCCCCAGUGCCCUGACAGCUGCCACUGUGUGUGGGAGAGCAGCAUGGUGCUGUGUACGGACGCUGGGCUCCAUGAGUUCCCCCAGGGCCUUCCUCUGGACACCGUCAUACUACACCUGGAGAGAAACUACAUCCGCUCGCUCCCUGAGGGAGCCUUCAGGGAGCUGACCCACCUGAGGGAGCUGUAUCUCUCCCACAACCACAUCAACACCCUCUCCUCCGGGGCCCUGCGACACCUGAGCUCAGAGCUCCGUCUCCUGGACCUCUCCCACAACCUGUUACGCCAGGCCAGCCGGGACGAGUUUGGUUCCACGCGGGCCAAGACGCGCCUCUACAACAACCCGUGGCACUGCGACUGUACCCUGCAGGAGCUGAUGGAGACGUUAAAUCUAGAGCCGGAGACUGUCAACGGGAUCAUGUGCGAGAGCUCUGUGAGGAGCUCCGGGGAGGGGAGUCGCUGGGAGGAUCCAGGAGGGGCAGCAGAGCACUCCGGUCAACCCCUGGUUAAGCUGCUUAACUCUGGGGUAAACUUCUGUAGUCUCCAGAGGAAGACAACGGAUGUAGCCAUGCUGGUGACCAUGUUCGUGUGGUUCUUCAUGGUCAUUGUUUAUGUGGUCUACUACGUGAGACAGAACCAGGCUGAGACCAGAAGACAUCUGGAGUAUCUGAAGAGUUUGCCCAGUCCGAGGAAAACACUCACGGAGACAGACACGAUAAGCACUGGUCUCUGA